AUGCUGUUUCCAUUUGUUAUAAUUUUUAUUUGUGGAUUUAAAAUGGUUUAUUAUGUUAAUUCACAUACUGGAUUUAGUCAAAAUUUGAAGAGAUUACUUAAACAAUUGACAAAAACUUUGAUAAUUUUGGUAAUUAUACCAUUUAUCAAUCAAGUAUUACCUAUAUUAACUGUGUUAGUUACUUUAAAUAAAACAAAUGAUUCAUCUAAAGAUAAUGAUAUAAAUCCAAUUUAUAUAUUUCUUGCAAUUUUCACUCAUUUUACACCUGUUUUUAACCCAAUUGUUUGUAUAAUAACUAAUAAGCCAUACAAAGAAGCUGUUUUUAAUCGUUUAAAAAUACAUCCACAAUGA